CGAAAUAUUCAGUAGCAAUGAGAUGAUGUGGUUUAUUGACGAUACCAAUGUCUAUCGUUUGCAAGUGUCAUUCAAAAACCUGACAACAAAGCCAAUCAAUGGCGCAGUUUUUAUCGUCAAUCCAAGAACAGGACAGCUGUUCGUGAAGGUUAUCCAUGCAAGCUUUUGGGCUGGUCACAAGUGUCUUCUUGGUCUGCUAGCUAAAUGGAUAGCAGCAGAAGAAGUUGCUACACUUGUGCGGUCUCUCCCCUUUGAAGCACAACCAAAACAAGUUAUCGUGAACCGUAAAGCAAUGUAUGAUCCCGUUCAGUUACACUUGCUGGAUUUCCCUAACAUUGUCAUCAAGGGAAGCGAGAUGCAGCUUCCAUUCCAGGCUUGGUUCAAGAUUGACAAGUUGCGUGAUCUGAUUUCGAAUGCCACUGAGCCGACGUUGACAAGGCUAAGUUGUUAUUGAAGCCCGACGAGUCUGUUGUCACUCAGACGAAUUACAUCUGGCCUUCUUUCACUAACGAGCACUGGUUAAAGGGUCGAGGUUGCUCUUAGAGACCUCGUC